UUUAAAAAUAUCUUUGUUAUCCAAUGUUCAUAUAUAUACUCUGGUCCCAGAGGUUUUUCUUGAUUUUUCUCCGCAUGAGAUGAGACAGGGUUUGUUUAUUGAUAUCAAGUUGAUUGGUAGACAGAAUGGUUUCAGGCUUACCCAAGAGUCCUCAACAGUCUAGAAAAUAAAACAUGCAGUUCCUCACGAUUUAUAGCAUCAGUGUAAAGAAUAGGCUGAAAAAGGCUUUCCAGUGGCAUAUCGAACGCGUACUUGAGGGAUUCAGGAAAUCUCAUGGUUUUAAGAUAGGAAUUUUAAUCAUCUUGUGCUGUGUAAUAAUAAAAACCUUUCAAUCUCUUCAUAGGUACGCAAAAAAUAAACUCCCGCCGUGAAUCACGAGGGCGUGACAGCGAAACUGGUGUGAAAACAAUCUGCGUGGAAGAAUAUUUCCUUUCGAUGAAGAAACUUCGCCUAUUUUUGCCUAGAACUAAUUUGAUUACAUUGUUUCGUCCAACCGCAAAAUUGAAACAAUCUUUGUCGAGUGUUAAAGCAAUUAAGGCAUUAUUUCGGUUACAAAACUCGGAAAGAACUUAAUUUGAGUGUUAAAAGUGAGACUGUAUAUGAAGACGCUAAAAUAUGUGACCAAAACCAUUUGAGAAAUUAGGGACGGGGAAAAAAUGCGUCUUGAAAAAUUGAGAUUUGACAUUUCUUCAAAUCCGUUCCUGGUUGCGUUAGCUAUAUUGGAUUUGAUAUGUGAUCUUCAUGUCUAUUAUUUUUGUUCAUUAUUUCCUUGGCGUACUGAUCUGGCUUGGGGCACAGUAAUCGAUUUUUCAUCGCCGGAGGAAAAACCUGUUAUGAGAACGAUGUUCGAUCGAUCGCCCACGUUUCCGACCCCGCCAUUGUGCUACAGUACGUCGGCGAGGUAUUUUUCUGUGGCAUUACACCGUGACCUCACCCAUCAUUGUCUGCAAACAACACUCUCAAGUAUUUCGCCCGCAGGAUGAACCUUUUGACCUUUUCAGCGAUAAAAAGAGCAUCAUAAACUCAUCGUACUCAAUUGAACCAAGAUCGACUCCGAGAGGUCAGAGAAACUGAAGAAAUCUUAAGGUACAAAGAGGAUUCACCAGGAUCGCUUAUUUUAAAGAUGAACACACAGGUCACAAACGUUUUACUUGUUGUCCUCGCUUUUGCUGUGUUUGCAACGGCACAACAACAAUGCCAGGACCGUAUUGCGACAAAAACUUGCCAAUACUUUGUCAGAUUGUAUCGCGAGAAGAACAUCGAUUGCUGCAAGUGGAAACAGAUGACGAGCCACUGCGCGCUGACUUGCAAAGUUUGUGAACCUAUACCAAAAUGUGCAACACGAGCGAGUAGAUAUGGCUGUUGUUGGGAUAACAAAACAGAAGCGAAGUCGUAUGCUGGCGAAGGUUGUCCUGAAUGCAAAGAUAAGUAUGCAACCUAUUGUAAACUACGCGUUUCACGUUUCACCAAAGAAAAAGCCUGCAAUGAACGAGGAAAGAAAAUGUGUGCAAAAACUUGUGGAAUUUGCAAGAUCAAGGCUGCUGCUCAAGCGCUGCCUGAUUGUCUUGACUCUCCAUACGGCUGUUGUUGGGACCUUACACCUGCCCAGGGACCAAACGGACAGGGAUGCAGAGUUUGCCAGAACCUGUAUAGCAGGUUGUGCAGUUUGUGGGACGAUUACUGCCAACCAGAAGCAUACAGGUUUAUCAAGGAAAAUGUUAUUGACAGAUACAGAUAUAGCUGUCCAAUCACGUGCGGCAAAUGUAGACCAGGUCAAAAGAUGUUGGACUCUUCGGUGUACAGGAGACUUUAAAAUCAAGUUAAGACAAAGAAUGAUCAACGACGCCCCACGGAAGAUGCCAAUAUACCUUUACCUAAGAGGAAAUCACUAAUGCAUUAUUAGCUGAUUUGUCCAGAGCCAUCGGGAUUUCUGUUAAACAUCAGCUUGUAUUGUCCGGACUGGAAGAACAAUUGAAUAGAAUUGUACAGUUAGUUUUGCUAUGUGCUAUUUAUUGAAUAUUUAUGAGCUUGCUUAUAGAAAAUAAAACUUAUCGACAGUGAGCUCAAACUGCGUUGGAGUUGUUUAGAUGAUGUCAUUCUAAUAUAGCGAGAAAAAUUCCCAAAUAUACCUCUACUAGAGAGACACCAUCAGAAAAUUGAAAACACCGAAUUAUUUCAUAUAUACUUCACACCUGUUUUAUUACCUAUCCGAGGGGAACAUCCUCCCGGGGAUCGAAUAUCCCUGUACUAAGUAUGAGCGUAGGAUCCUCCCGGGAAAUGAUUGCGCCCACACAUGACAGGAGGGUACAUUACCGGGGAUCGAAUAUCCUGGUACAGCUCAUGAUACGCCGGGAGCGUAGCAUCCUCUCGGGAAACGGGAACCCCCGCAUAUAACCUACACGAGGAAUCCCGGGGUUCCAAUGCCCCUGUAAAAUGCGUGGCUCCAUGACAUCAGUUAGAUACACUUCGAUUUAGCUACACGGGUGAAACGCUCAACUCCGUCCCCUUCCCCGAGAAUCAAAUAGCGUACCCUCGCAAAAUAUCUGCACAACGCAAACAUCGUCCUGGGAAACUGAAUUCCUUGUCUGUACUGCGAUGAAGAGUGGUUUGUAUAUGUAUGUAUAAAGUCACUAUAAAAGAUGAAAACAUCUAUCAAACACCAGGUGUUCUGUUAGCUGGUCUAUUCUGGGAACUCUGCUAGUGAAGAAAUCGAUUUUAAGCUUCCAUUAAAAGGAGUUAAAUAAACGACUGCUGACAAAGGAAAUUAAUCUCCAUUGUUGUCCUUAACUCAGAUGUUUAGGGAUAAACUGUUCACAGCCUCGUCAUUUUUCAACGAACGCGAAAGAAAAAGCGAGCGGAGCGAGCGUGAAGCACGCGGGGAGCGUGAAGCACGCGGGGAGCGUGAAGCACGCGGGGAGCGUGAAGCACGCGGGGAGCGUGAAGCACGCGGGGAGCGUGAAACACGCGGGGGCGAGAGGCGAGCGAAGCGAACAAACGCCAUCAAGUCUCCCCUUUUGCGCUAGCGUCCAGUUCUCUCGCGAUUCUUUCCGCGCGUUCAACGAUCGAAUAAAAAUAUGAGAGAAUAGAGGGCUGUGAACAGUCUAAUUUAGGGAGGUCUCAAAUGGUUUAUAAUUACUCCAAGAUAAAAGAUCAAACAAUUCCAUCCAGCAUUACGGUUAGAUAAACGUUUGUUCAGGACUAAAAUU